GCACCCGUGCGCCGAAAGGGAAAUCUCCUCAAGCAAUCCGGCUAGGACCAGAGCAUCGGAACCAUGAUUUCGCGUUCAAACACCCCUUUCGGGAAAUUAAGCACUGGUCGCGUGGAUGCAUAUGUCAUCGAAGGAGGCGAGACGCAGCCCGCGCAGAGUCGUAUAACAGUGCCAGACAUGGCAAUUCUCGCGGUCGAUUUACGCUUCCUUGCGCCAAUCCACUCCUUUCUCUCCCCAGGCCUUCUCCUAACAUUAGUCACUCCCUAAGGCACCAAGGCACCGUCAUGUCGCAAGACACAAAAGACAAGGGUCCUCAAGAGACCGUACACACCAUUGAGCUCGGCUCGCUGAGUGGAAAUGCCAGCAGCGCGAGUCUUCAGCCACUCUCUCAGGCGUCCACCACGCCACCCGAACCGCCCUACACCGUCUUGACCGAGAGGCAGAAGAUCAUGACCAUCGCCAUCUCCGCGAUCGUCGGCUUUCUGGCCCCAGUAUCUGCGAACAUCUACUACCCGGCCAUCGAUCAGUUGUCUCAUGACUUGCAUGUCUCCGUCAGCCAGAUCAACCUCACCAUCACCACGUUCAUGAUCUUCCAAGGCGUGGCCCCUCUGGUGACCGGAAGUAUCUCGGAUGUAUAUGGUCGACGGCCAACGAUGCUGGUCUGCCUGAUCACAUAUAUCGGGGUCAACAUCGGCCUGGCCCUGCAGGACAACUAUAUUGCGCUGAUCGUCCUCCGGACCUUCCAGAGUUGCGGGAGCAGUGCCAUCUCGGUCGUCGGUAUGGCUGUCACGGCCGACGUGGUAACCCGCGGCGAGCGAGGCAAAUACAUGAUCUGGUCGUCGCUGGGCAUCACCAUGGGCCCCGCCCUCGGCCCCAUAAUUGGAGGUGUCCUGGCUCAGUUCAUGAAUUGGGAGAGCAUCUUCUGGUUUCUCGCCAUCUUUGCCGGGGCAAUGAUCAUCCUCAUCCUCCUCUGCUUUCCCGAGACCUGUCGGCAGGUCGUCGGCAAUGGGUCGAUCCCGGCUCCACGCUGGAACCGUCCGCUGAUUACAAUCAUCAAACCCGAACAGCUGGUCGACAAGGAGACGGCGAAAGCUAAGCUGGCAGAGGCACCUAAAGUCAAACGACCGACCCCGUGGGACAGUGUCCAGAUCGCCCUCGAGAAGGAGACUGGCGCCCUCAUUGCAUUUACCUCCCUCCUUUACUGCGGAUACUUUGCCGUGCUGAGCAGUUUAUCCUCCCAGCUUGGAGAAAAGUACAACUACAACUCGCUCCAGGUCGGCCUGUGCUAUAUCCCAUACGGCAUUGGCAGUCUCACCUCCCGGUGGACGAUCGGACGAUUUGUGGAUUGGAAUUUCCGCCGGCUCGGCAAGCAGCGGGGCUUGGAGGUGGUAAACAACCGCCAAGUGAACCUUCUCGAAUUCCCUGUCGAGAGAGCUCGCCUCCAGAUCACUCUGCCAAUGGUGUACUUGGCCUGCAUUUUCAUCGUCGGCUAUGGCUGGGUCAUGAACUACAAUGUCAAUGUGGCCGGGCCGCUCAUUAUGCUGUUCUUCACCGCGCAUACCAUCGCCGGGGCCACCAGCACGCUGAUCACGCUGCUGAUGGAUUGCCACGUCCAGCGGGCGGCGACAGUCACGGCAUCCAACACAAUGUUCCGUUGUUUCCUGGGAGCGGGCGCGGUUGCGGCCGCGGUACCGAUCAUUGAUGCGAUUGGGAUGGGCUGGAUGGGAACGCUGAUUGCCGUCAUGUGGGUGAUCUCCAGCCUGCUCCUGUGGUGGGUCAUGCUUUGGGGCCAUGAGUACCGUAAGCAGAAGGCCGCAAGGGUGUGAGCAGACGCUCAUUCAGAUACGUCGCCGGGAUCUGCCAAGUCACUGCAGAUCGAGGACGACUUCUCAUAGGUAGAUAAUAUCAAGUAGCGAAUACAGG